GCCGUUCGCUUGCCUGUCUCUACUGCCCGCCUCGCUGUUCGCACGCUGGGUUGGUCCACUGGCUACCGAAUCUUGCGCCGAUGUAGUUUUAGAUUAGGGAAACUGUCCACUUGCCAAUUUGCCACUGGAUUGCUUGUUAUUUUAGCCCUUCAUCUGUGCUGCGCUAGUACUUCUGUAUCUCAGUAUCCAUAGCUUAGUCCCCUACGGGCUACAGUAGUAAGGAUGACUGACAAUCUGGUAUCAAGCAUGGAGACUGCAGCUCUGGCCGACGAGGAUGCAUCGCCGAAGAAGACGAAGCAGGGCGGCUUCAGGACUAUGCCAUUCAUACUGGCAAACGAGAUCUGCGACCGGUUCGCGACGGCCGGCUUCAACGCCAACAUGAUCACAUACCUGACGCAGCAGCUGCACCUGCCGCUCGUGGAGGCCUCCAACCUGCUCACCAACUUCAACGGCACCGCGGCAUUCACGCCGGUCCUGGGCGCCAUCAUCGCCGACUCCCGUGCCGGCCGCUUCUGGACCAUCGCGGGGGGCGGCGUGCUGUACCAGCUCGGCAUGCUGGGCCUCGUCGUGUCCGCGCUCGUCCCCGCGCUCCGCCCCGCGUCCUGUGGUGCCACUGGCGCUGCGCCCCCGCUGACGUGCCAGCGCGCGAACGGCGGGCAGCUCGCCAUGCUGUACGGUUCCCUGCUCCUCACCGCGCUCGGCGGCGGCGGCAUCCGGCCCUGCGUCGUGGCGUUUGGCGCCGACCAGUUCGGCCAGCGCGGCAAGCGUCCUGGCGGCGAGCAGCAGUGGAGCUACUUCAACCUCUACUUCUUCAGCAUGGGGCUCGCCGUUCUGCUGGCGCUCACCGUGGUGGUGUACAUCCAGGAGAACGUUGGGUGGGGCUGGGGGUUCGGGAUCCCCGCCAUCGCCAUGUUCGUCUCCGUGCUCUCGUUCGUCGUGGGGUACCCACUCUACGUGAAGGUAAAGCCCCAAGGAAGCCCCUUCAAGAGGCUCCUGCAGGUCGUCGUCGCGGCGUUUAAGAAGGGGAAGGACUCCGUGCCGGAGGACGUCGGCUUGCUGUACCAGAACAAGCAGCUCGACGCCCCAGUCGCCGCCGACGGGAGGCUGCUGCACACCGAUCAGCUUAGGUUCUUGGACCGAGCGGCUGUACUGACGACGGGAGACCUUUCCGACUCCGGCGAGCCGAACCUCUGGCGUGUAUCGACGGUGCAUCGGGUGGAGGAGCUCAAAUCCAUCGUCCGCAUGCUGCCGCUGUGGGCAGCCAGCAUCACGGCGAUCGCGGCCGCGUCGCACAACUUCACCUUCGCCAUCCAGCAGGCGCGCACCAUGGACCGCCACCUCACCCCGCGCUUCCAGAUCCCGCCGGCCACAAUGAUCAUCUUCACCACGCUGACCAUGCUCGUCAGCCUUGCUCUCUACGACCGCGUCUUCGUCCCCGUCGCGCGCCGUUACACGGGGCGGCGGUCGGGUGGCAUCACCUACUUCCAGCGCAUGGGCGCCGGCUUCGCGGUGUCCGUCCUCGGCGUCCUGGCGGGCGCGCUCGUGGAGGCCAGGCGGCGCCGCGUGGCCGCGGAGCACGGCCUGCUCGACAGCCCCAGCGCGGUCGUGCCCGUCAGCGUGUUCUGGCUGGUGCCGCAGUACGCGCUGCACGGCGUGAGCGACGCGCUCUCCACGGUGGGGCACAUGGAGUUCCUGUACGACCAGUCGCCAGAGAGCAUGCGCAGCUCGGCGGCCGCGCUGUUCUGGGUCGCCGGCUCCCUCGGGAACUACCUGGGCACGGUGCUCGUCACGGUGGUGCAGAGCGCCACCAGAGGGGUGUGGCUCCAGGACAACAUCAACAAGGGGAGGCUGGACUACUACUACUGGCUCGUUACAUUCCUCUUGGUGCUCAAUCUUUUCUACUACAUCGCGUGCUUCCAUUUUUACACCUUGAAGACGUUCGAGGUGGACGCCGGCCGCACUAAUGGUGGAGAACGGCAGCCGGAGGCUGCGGAGCCUUGCCAUGUACAGGUUGGAAGUUUGUAGUGAGAGAAGCUUUCAGGGACCUGUUUGCUGGGCGUGUCAGGUAGGGUAGAUGUAGAUCUCACUUCCGGUUUCUGCACUCCUAGAAAGUGGCAAGUCUCGCUGUAAUUGACAUGUGACUAUGUUUUAGAACUCUGCUCAAUGAUUCUCUAGCUCCCAGCUCUAAUGCUCUAUAAUUAUCUAGCUCCAAGAGUCGAUUUUCUAAUAGAGUGAUUAUGAGUGAUUAUCUAGCA